ACUUAUGCAGCCGACAAGCACCUGCUUUGAAUUUAUCUUAAUUUACAGCAAAAGUUGACAUAGUUUACGCAAGACACACACUAAUUCUCGGUUAUAAGAAAGUUGAAAGUCCUUUGAUUUUACGCAACAACCGUACAAGCACUUCUAUGUGUAGCAUUGACUGAUAAUUCAAACUGCAUGUACAUAAUUUCUGAAGAAAACUUUUUUAAGAGGAUGAAGUGGUACCACACUUGAUUAGCGAUAAAGUUAAAAUGGAUGAAACUUUAUCAUAUGACCAAGAAGAUGCUCUAGUUAGAGGACAUAUUCCAUUAUAUGAGUUUAAAGAAGUGUUAAAGGCUCAAGAUGAAAGUAAAAUAACGACUAUAGACUUCUCAAGGAAUGGCUAUUGUAAUGAUGCUGUACUCAAACUCAUUGCAACAGAAAAAAAGAAAGCAUAUGUGAAUUUGAAGACAGUGAAUUUAGUGGGUUGUAUCCUUGUGACAAAUGCUGGCAUCAAAUGGCUAACGGAUAUAGUCGCUGGAGUAACAACUUUGACAGAGAUAAGGUUGGACGGAUGUACCAACUUGUCAGAUGAUGAGCUAUCAUUGCUGUUGAAGAACAUAGGAGCGGAAUGUGAAGUUUAUAUGAGGGGAACUUCUGUCACUUAUGUGUCUACACCAGAGGGCAGGAGAGUUACUGUUACAGGCUGUCCUAUACUCAGUGGAGUAAAAAAAACAGAGGAGUUAAAAGUUGGACAUGCUAUUGUCAUACCUCAUGAAAGUGUGGAACACAGUUUUGUUGAGUUUGUCAAGACAAAGAAACCAGUUAAACGACUCCCAUUCCACCAUGAAACAGACGUAGGGGUCAACAGUUGGUUGAUGUCAUUUACAGAAAUGACACUUGAACAUCCUUUAUUGGAUUGCAUAAUUAAUAACCACCAAACCCAGAUAUUGAUACCAUUUGGAGAAUCAGCUGUUAUCAAAGAAAUUAAGAAACAUGUUACAGACACUAUUGCAAGAACUAUUACCAAGACUGCCUUUACAACAGAAUACAUGAAGAAUUCAGGUGAAGUAGAGAAAAUUAAUCCAGUGAUAGACAUUGAAGUUGAAGAUUUUCUGACAAUACAAAAUAUUUGUAUACAACACUACACUGAUGAGGGGGUAUUAGGGAACUAUUGUUAUAAGAAUGAUUUACUUGGCUGUUUUGUCUCUAGAACAACUUUGACAAGGUCAAAUUAUUACUUUGAAUGUGAAUUGGUUAAUGUGAAGGUUAUCAGCUCAGACGGAACAGCAGUAGAAGUUGAGGAUUCAGAAGAUGAAGAUGAUGAUGAUAGUGAGAAUGAGAGUGAAUCCAAAUCAGGCAUUCUUAUUGGCUGUCUGUUUAACCAGUUAUUUAGCAGUAUUAAUCCGCUAGGUGUUGAUGUUGACAAAGGUGGUGAAGUGUCAACAUUUGAUUUUACUAAAUGUAAGAAGUUUGGAUUUGGUAUCAAAGGUGAAUGGCUAUCAGAGUACAUACCAAGUAAAACUGCAAAAUUCUUUGCUACUUGUGAUGGAAUAGAGAACAAUAAAGACCUAACAGGGACAUCGGUACCAGAAGAAAUGUUAUACCCAUUAAUAGCAGUAAUUGGAGAGAAAAAUAAUUCAGGAAAUGUUAAGAUCUCUAACUUGGCCAAACCACCAGAGAACUUGACUAGAAAAUAUGCCAAAGAGAAUCGCUGGAUCACAACAGGAUACUCUGAAAACAUACUCAUUGAUAAUUAUGGGGUUAUGUGCAAUAGCUCACCAAAUGACGAUGAAGGAAUGUUUAUAUCUAUGGAGGCUGUUACUCAAGAAUUUAGUAUUAAAGUAUUGGACAAAGGGAACUUUGGGAAAAUAAAAAUUGCUUUGUCUAAGGAAAAAGAACAAGAUAAAGAGAUGCAGAAAAGUGAGAGUUGGAUAUACCAGGGAGUAACAGGAGAAGUUAUUUCUGAGAAGAGAUCGAAGUACCUAGAAAAUCCCAGUCGUGUAGAAACUGGAGAUAUUCUUACAGUCAAGUUUGAUAGUAAAGAUGAAGAAAAAAUUGUUUUGUAUAAAAACGGAAAAGAAAUUGUAGAAACAGCUUUCACACCAGAUAAAGAUGACAACAGGAGUAUUGUCAAGUUAUACAUAUUUCUGUCAGAAGUCAAGGGCAAAGUUCAAUUGCUGAACUACAGGCCAAAGUACAGAGGACCAGUGCUUUUUCCAGAAUCAUUAACUGUUGGCAGAUUACACAACAUGAUAGUAUUUGAUGAUGGGAAGAUUGUUACUCCAAUACCAAAAAAGAAGAAAGAUAUAUUUUAUGGAUGUUAUAUGGGUAAAUUUCCAAUGAAUUCACAGAGAUUGUCCUUUGAAGUGGAAAUUGCAGAAGAACUCAAUGAUGAGUUAGAUGCGGUUGCUGUGGGAUUUUGUAAUUCAGAAAUUCCCCAGAAAAUAGGGAGUGGUAAACAAUACAAAGAUCCUGCGACACAUUUUGAAGUUUCAGGUGGUUGUGUUAUGUUCUCCUCUGGUGGGAAUGUGUUUGCUGAAUCAGUGGUACAAAGUAGUUUUCGAGAGGAAGGGAAAUAUAAGAAAGGAGACAAGAUCAAAUGUGAAGUGGAAAAAGUCUCCUCAGCUGAGAAACUGUUGUUUGAAGAAGAUUGCUCAAUAUCACCACAGCAAGACGUCAAUAUUAAGUUCUUUGUGAAUGAUAAACUGACGCAUCAGUACACCAUGCCAAUGAGAUCAGAUGGACUGUUUCCUACAGUAUUUACAAAUGGUAACAUAUCAAAAGAGGUAACACUCAAAGUUCUGAAUUUUUAUGCAGAAACAGAAGAAAACCGGAAGAAAGCCAAUUUAGAGCAAUAUAACAAGAAAAAGAAGAAGUCUGAGAAGGAAGAAGGGCAAAAGAAGGAGAAAGUUCCAUGUCCAAACUUUAAAGAUUGUGAAUUUAUUGUUGUGGAAGUGGGAAAGACAGAGGGGAAAUUACAACUUAUUGAGGAACAGCUAAAAGGGGAUAAGUUCCAAAGUACAUUAGAAUCGAUGACCAAAUCUAUUGAAUAUUAUGAAAAGAGUUUUAAAGAUUUGGAUCUACUUGACCAGAACAAAUAUGCUUCACUGUGCCAGGCAAAAGAGAAAAUUGAAGGCUUGGUAAACAAUCUCAGUAGGAUUCAGUACAUGUCCUUAGAUCUUACAACAGGAAAGGGAAUGGAUAAAGUACUGGAGAGAGUAACUGACACUAUGGACUGUCGCAAACUACACCAGGAAGUAAAAUAUAACAUCCCAAAGAAAUGUCAAGGUCAUAUACAAACAAUCCUGAAGGAAUUGAAAAAAGAGAAGGUGAUAGAAUUUGGAACAGGGCUCACAAUGUAUGAAGAAAACACAUUGAAAAUGCAAGGACAUGAGUUCUUACAGGUUGCUAGGUUACUACAUGAACAGGGAAAAUUAGCAUUGCUCCAGCUUGGUUCAAGGACAAUAGUGGCUGACAUUGAAUACCUGCAGUCUAUGUUAGAUCAGUUAGAAAGGAUGUCUGACAUGGUGAAAUGUGGUAACCUGUCUACAGCAAUCAGUGAGGCAUCACAUGUCUGGACAAGUGAAACGGUCAUGUCUCAUUUCACAGCCGAAGAAGAAAAGAUUUCUCUUUUGAUGGAGAUUUUACAAGACUACUUUGGUUUGGUUGAGGUGCCUGUGUGGAGACAUGUUCCAGAGGAUACACAGUUCUUGUAUACAACACUAGAUUCCUUGUCUACAGCACCUAUACCUCUGAGAGAAUUCUGGGGUGAAGGAGAAAGAACAAAGAAUUUCAUUGCUAUGCAGAAAACAUUUAGCUUCAUCCACUCAAUAUCUGAUCAUACAUUAGCUGCAGUCCUGUCGUCUGCCACCAAAUAUGGUCGUACAUUACUGAUAACACCAGAAGGUGCUGUUUUCCAGAUAGGAUGUGUACAGACUGUUAUUGCUAGCCAUAAAGGAUUGUUGGACCUGAUUUAUCAUGAAUUACAACCUUCAUUUGACAAUAGUGUGAUAACAAUAGAAUCCAAGUGUUACUUACCAGACAUGAAGGUUGGACCGGUGGAUGAGCUUACAGAGACAUAUGUCAGGGAAUAUACUUGGAACAUCUUUUGUUUGUAUACAGACUUGUUGGAAAAAGUUCUGAAACAAAAAAAUAUAAUAUACCUUCAAACUGGAGAGGCACCUACAGAUCUAGCAAACUUAUCAGUGGGAUGUAAACACACCUGGAAGCAUAUUCCUGGCAAGGCUAAUCAAUCUAUCUGUACAAUGUGUAACAAGUGUUGUGACCAGGGCAGGAAGUGUAAAUACAACAGAAUUAUGGGAAAUAAUCUAAGAGAAUGUCUGUGUAAGACGUCAUCUCCAGGAUGUGUAGAUUGUGGAAUAUGUAUUGAAUGUGCUGCUGAUUUAUGGAGUAUUAGAAGUUAUUUGAGACCAAUGCCUAUAACAGAAAAGAAUUCCAAAGUAGUGAAAACAGAAAAAGUUGAAGUGAAACCAUCAGAUACAAAUGAGGAUAAAAAUGUUCAGAAGAAAGUAACACCAGAAGAAACUAACAAUGUCUUCUUACAGAUCCCACUAGAUCCUGUGACUUUUAAUGAGCUUGAAUACCAGCACAUCUCUGGUGGCAGCCUUGGAGUUGUUCUGAAAGAAAUAGAUGAUGGUUCUUGUGUCAGCAUUUUUCCAGGGAAAGCUACAACUUUAUCAACUGAUACAGAUGAGCAAAAGAUAUCAGAUAGAAUUAAAGUUCUAAUGAAACAAGCUACAGAUGCCAAGUACAAAAGUACAGUGGGUGAAAGUCUGAAGCUGCGUAUCACUGAUCCCUUUAAAGUGAUUACGACAGGAGACGACAAACUGGAAAUUUCUGGGAUUCAAGAGUCCAGAGUUGUCUACCAUGCCAGUAUUUGUAGGGAGAUGAGUGUCAGUCAUGAGUCAGGAUUACUAUGUUACAACUCUGCCUCACAUUCUGUACCAGUGGCUCAAUUUAUUGGUCCGAAGCCUUUCUCUGAAAACUUAAAGAAAAUCAGUCUGAAGAUAAUAGACUGUGGUGACAAGACUAACAUAGGAAUUGGUAUCUGUCCAGGAAAGACUUACCCCGUCAACAGAAUGCCUGGGUGGAAUAGAUGGUCUAUAGCUUAUCAUGCUGACGAUGGAGGAAUAUUUAUAGAAGCUGGUGCAGCCAAUUCUCAUGUAGUAAAAUGUACCAAAGGAGAUGUGAUGAGUAUGUUCUGUGAUGUGGUUUCUAAACAGCUUGUUUUCUACAAGAAUGAUCAAGAGGUGAAACAAAUAAAAAUCAAUAUCCCAAGAGGAGGAUACUGGCCAAUGAUUGGUAUGCAUUCUGUUGGAGAAUGUGUUAAACUGUUGGAGAAAGAUCCCUGGACCCCUGAUCCUGAUGAUAUACCACCUAAACCUGCAUCAUUUAAAACUUAUAAAUAUGGAAAUUUGUGGAUAAGCCCAGCAAGAAAUGUUAGUCUGACAAAGAAAGGUUAUACAGCCAACCAAUGUGGCUGGAUGCUUCUUCACAAUCCUACUAAAGUACUCAUUGGAUAUAAGAUCACUCCAGAAUCGUUAGUCAAGAACCCACUAGGAUCCAUCUCACCAAAUGAUGCUAACACAUUGUUUUUAACUAAGACAUCUAUCAUAAAGGAGGAUGCUGUAACUAUUCAGUGGAUAGCUAUAGAGCAGGUUAAAGAAUACACAACAGACCAAAUACUACAGCUGUUUGAUGCUGCUAGUUCUAGUAGUACAUAUACACACAGGUUAGGAUUACUGAUAAAAGACACUGCUUUAGGGGAUGUAGAAACUUUGCCAAAAUUUCAAGAUUUAGGAUCAACAUCAGGGGAUGACACUAGUCCAGGAAAACAAGAUGGGUAUAAGCUGGAAGUAUUUAAGAACUGUAUUUUGGUUGACUCCUACCUACUUAAGAGAGGAAGAUAUAUCCUAGAUUUGAUUGAUCUAGACAAGACAAAACCUGAUUACAUUAUUAAAAGACCAAAAUGUCCAUCUUUCCUAUAUCCACCAAAAUUGCAAAAAGGAAUGAAAGUUGUUGUGAAGUUGGAUAUUGACAGUUCUGGAGAUCAGUUUGCAGAUGCUGUGAUAUCUGAAAUCUAUGAUGGUGGUGGAUAUUGUUUUGAGUACACUUCACCUGGUAAAGUUUACACAGGAAAUGAGAAGAUUUGUGUUGGAACAAUGGAUUGUGGGAUAGAAGAUGCAGAUUGGAAAGAGAUAGAAAGGAAAGGGAAUAAGGAGGAAAUGAAAAUACAACUUCUUUCAUCCCCCAGUAAUAUGUCCCUGCUGCAUAGAACCUAUGUCCCAGCACCACCAUACCUAGUUACAAAGGGUAGUAGUGGAGCCCUGGAGAUGAUCGACCCAGAAUGGAAGAAAACUGCUUUAUUUAGUUUCAGUUUCUGUUUUCAGUCCAUAACUCGUCCAACUGUUCAGGAACAAACCAUCACAAAACAUUCCAGAAAACUACUGAAAUGGCUGACAUAUCGUGACUCAAACCUACCUUUGUCUGUCAUUCUACUUCCCUCUCACCUAGAUGGCACCACUCUCAAAUAUCCGAACGCCAAGACAAUGUUCAGUGACAUUAGCAUACAUAGACUCUGCUUUUUCCAAGAUGGAUAUAUAGAUAUGAAGAAGAUGCCUAUGGUCUUCCCAUCCAAGAUUAAGAAAUAUCCUGAGGUCAGGUCGACCUAUGAUGAUAUCAACAUACACGCCAUUACUAUAAACGAUGGUAAAGAAGAGAAGACUUAUCCAUUAAAACAGCCACGAGAAGUUUGUUUACACAUGAUGGAUUUACCUGGCUUAACUGUAAACAAGCCGGUACCAGAGGACCUGAGUUAUGCUUGUCUUUAUCAAGCCUGGACCUAUGUAGCUUUAUUGACUCACAAGUUGCUGUUACCAUCUUAUACAAAAAUAUUUACUGGAGAACUGGGUAGUCUAGAGAGGAAACAGAUUGAGAGCUUGCUAUUUCAGUUGAUACAGCCCUACGCUUCCCUCUGUAGUUUAUAUUCUGCCCAGUAUGGUGGACUCUCAAACCAAGAGAAUCCCACUUACCUGUCAGAGAAAAUACAGGACCUCUGUGAUGACAAGAAACAACCCAUUCCCAUAGAGCUGUUAGGGAAAGGAAUGAUUGAGAACAACCAUACAUUUGUCAGAUUUCCACCAUUUUUAGCUUGUAAGGCCCACAGUCACAGUCGAGUGGAUAGAAACAUUGUUAGAAUACCAGAUAUGUCACUAGAAAGCAAGUUUUAUGAACCUUACUCAGAGAAGAUGGAUAUUCUAAUUGUCAAUGGAUCACCAAUGAAAUCUUUACCAUCAAAUUUGUUCAACAUUUUUGAGAAUUUACAAGUCCUGACGAUUUUAAAUGUUGAUUUGAUACAAACUCCAGAAUUUCCCUCUGGUAUAUCUAGGUGUAAUGAUCUGGAAAUAGUUUGUCUUAGUGGUUUGCCUGGAGUAAAGAAAAUGCCAAAGGAUAUACUGAGGGCUCCAGCUUUAUCUACAUUUUAUCUACACAAUUGUCCAAUUAGAAAGCUGGAUAUUGAAUGGCCAGCAAGUACGACCUUAACAUCAUUAAGUUUAAAAGGUCUGCUGAUUCAGGAAAUCCCUAAAGAGAUAGCAAAGUUGUCUGAACUUAAUGAACUCAACUUAGAUUGCAAUCCAAUUUUGACCUUACCAGAUGAACUUGAACAUUUAAAGAAGUUGAAGCAUUUAAGUGCAAAAGGAAUCCCCUGGAUAGCCUUUGAGGGAAAAUUUGAUCAGAUGCCAAAAUCUAUUUACGAAACUUGGCAUGCUGAAAACCCAUACAUUAUCAACUAUCUGUCAGAAAAAGAAGUGGAAGACUUGUUUGAUAAGUUUGAUCAUAACAACAACAAUAUCUUAGAUUCAACAGAGGUUGCUAAGCUCAAUUUUGAGUUUCUAACUACCAUACCACGCAUUGGAAUCCAGAAAUUAGGUGACUCUCAAUAUGGAGGAGUUCCUCCAGUGAUAUUUAAACUGAAGGGAUUAGAGAGUUUGGACCUGUCUUAUACAGCUAUCAACUGUAUCCCUGACUUUGCCAGUGAACUAUUCACCUUACAAACUCUCAACUUAGAACACUGUCCUUUCUUAGAGAGUGUAUCUGGAAAUGUUGGACUACUGCCUAACCUUAGAAGUUUACAUUUGAACAGUUGUGCUAUGCUUGAUUCUCCACCCCCUGAUAUUGUUGGGAGAGGUUUUGACUCGGUGAGAGCUUUCCUUAAAAAGAUGGCGGGAGGAUUUACAGAGUGCCAUAGAACUAAGUUAAUGUUUAUUGGUCUUGGUCAGGCAGGAAAAACUACGUUGCUUCAAGCCUUGAAAAGUCCCACAAAGAAAACACAAGGAACACAGGAUGCCAAACUAACAGAUGGGAUAGAAAUAAAGCCAUGGGUAGUUCCAGUUCAGGAUAUGUUUGAUAUAACAUAUAGCUGUUGGGAUUUUGCUGGACAAACAGUCUAUUACAACACACACCAGGUAAUGGGAUAG